GGCGGCUCGACCAAUCACAGUGCUCCCCGAACGGCACCCAUGGUGAACGUGAAGGGGGCGCGCGCCAGCCGAGUGCACGCAGAAAGCCGAGCGGGGCAGAAGGCGAAUGGUGGAGCUGAAGAUGGCGGAUGGCGACAGUGGGAGUGAGCGCGGAGGUAGCAGCGGGGGAGGCGGUGGAGGCGGCUUUCAGCACUACCAGAGGGACCAGGAGACCCAGGAGCUGGCGUCCAAGCGUCUCGACAUCCAAAAUAAGCGCUUCUACCUGGAUGUCAAGCAGAACAGCAAAGGCAGGUUCAUCAAAAUCGCCGAGGUAGGGGCCGGCGGCUCCAAAAGUCGCUUGACCCUCUCGCUGUCAGUGGCGGCGGAGUUCCGUGACUACCUCGGGGAUUUCAUCGAGCACUACGCCCAGCUGGGGCCUAGCAGCCCGGAGCAGAUAGCCCAGGCCAGCGUGGGUGAGGAUGGCGGGCCCAGGCGGGCUCUCAAAAGCGAGUUUCUCGUUCGGGAGAACCGUAAGUACUACCUGGACUUGAAGGAGAACCAGCGGGGGAGGUUCCUGCGGAUCCGGCAGACCGUGAACCGAGGACCUGGCUUCGGAGUCGGGGGCCCAGUGGGCGGCAUGCUGGCGGGCCAGACCAUAGCCCUCCCGGCACAGGGCUUAAUAGAGUUUAGAGACGCCCUUGCGAAGCUCAUAGAUGAUUACGGAGGAGACGACGACGACCUGACCGGGAACGCGGCGGCCGGGGGCUACGGCGAGCUCCCUGAGGGGACCUCCAUCAUGGUGGACUCCAAGCGGUUCUUUUUCGACGUCGGGUCCAACAAAUACGGAGUGUUCCUGCGUGUGAGCGAGGUGAAGCCCAGCUACAGGAACUCUAUCACUAUCCCCUUCAAAGCCUGGAGCAAAUUCGGAGGAGCUUUCUGCAGAUACGCCGAGGAGAUGAAGGAGAUCCAGGAGAGGCAGCGAGAUAAGAUGUACGAGAGGAGGGAUGAGUCCGAGGGCGACGACGUGGAUGACGACUGAGAGUGAAACGAACCAGGUGUUAGUCAGACAGAUCUGCAAUAUAGGGGUAUUUUGAAAAAUAAAACAAAAAAAGCAGAAAGUGCAUGACAUGACAAAUCGUGCUGUAAUAGCCUACUAAAGUAUCGUGGCGUUAAAAAGUACAUGUGCAGGGAUUUUUUGGUGUAUUAUCCUAAAGUUUGUAGGGUUGAGGGUUGGAGUGGUUGUGUGAAUCUCUGAAAGUGAAAAAAAAAAGUAUAAAUGAGAUGUCUCAUUGGCUGAAAAAAAGAGUGCUUUAGUGUUUAAAAAAGAGGAAAGAGAACCUACUAAAACCAGCAGAUUGGUUUUUAUAACUAGAAUGAAGCCAAUGAAUGCUUUUCUAUAGUUUCUAUUUAAAGAAUGAGGACCUGUUUAAGAUGUUUUCCUUGCUCAGUUUAAGGAGAGAGCUAGCAUCCAUCCUGUUCCAGUCCAGGUCUCUCCUCUGUGGGCAGUAUGUGGGAUUUCUUGUAAGUUAGUGAGGGGAAGCUGAGAGGAAUGUACAGAAAGCUGCUGUCACUUUGUGGAGGUUGUGCAUUAGAUAGAUCAGCAGAUGGAGAGCUGUGAAACAACAGCAGCUGCAGCAUCUGCAGGCCGAAAAGAUUACCCAAAAUGUCAGGGGGAAGUUACUGAGAGGAUUAUCCGUAAGCCCAAACAACAAGGGCCUCGUGGACAAAAUUAAAGCUUUGACUCCAGUAGUCAAUUAGAGCGCAGAUCAGCUGGGUUUUAUGUUAUACAUACAAUCUUAGCAAAGCAUCAUUCAUAUUGUUUCCAGUAAGAUUCACUCAGCGAGGAGGAGCAGUGUGUUUUCUCAAGCCAGAGCAUCCCUGGAGUUUGAGGACGGCUGCUUGGGAAGCCAACAAGUGGGAGCCCAGCAGGGACGGAACAGAUAUGUUAUUAUGGGACUUUUACGAUGCUCAUUUGCUCCCACAUGCCACUACAAGGGUCCAAAUAACUGGCAGUAGGACCGGGAGUUUUCCCAUCAGCCUCUCGGUGCUGGUCGGAGGCGUCCGGCCACAGACUACAUCUUCCAACACGUGAAGACCCUGGACAGAAACGCAUUGAUGGAUGUUUUCUUUUGUGUUUCUUUUGUUGUUUUGUUUUCAAAAGAGAACUAUAUUGAAAUGAGAUUCUACUUAUAGGAAAGAUAUUACCAAACAAACCAGCAAAAGAUAUUUUCAAAUACUUAUAAAAGAAAAUGUAUUGUCUAAAGCAAUUUCAAGACUAAAAAUAAAAAAGAGGUUAAUUUCUUAAAACAAAGUUCAAAUCUCCAGAUUAUUUUUCACUUUGUUCUUCCUACAGUGACAGUAUAACACUUCAUUAAUUAAAACAGCUUUAAAUGUACUAACCAAUGUUGUGACUGUAUAUUUUUAAACCCCUGUAUUUGCACUUAAAGCCACUUUAUUCAUUCUGCAGUAGACCUGCAACGAUUAAUCCAUUAGUUGUCAACUAUUAAAUUAAUCGCCAACUAUUUUCAUUAUCAAUUUACUGGCUUGAGUCAUUUUUUGAAGAAAAAAUUCUCUGAUUCCAGCUCCUUAAAUGUGCAUAGUUUUCCUUCUUAAUGACAGUGAACUAAAUAUCUUUGAGUUAUGGACAAAACAAGACAAACUUCAAGUUGGAUUUUGGGCAAACUGAUGAACAUUAUUAUUAUUUUCUGACAUUUUAUGGAGAAUGAAAGCAAUCCUUAGUUUUAGCCCUGUCCCUGACUAAAUGUGGACCUCGUUAUCAAUCAUUUUUCACAUGAAUUGGAUAUAUGCGCUAGAAUGUUCAAGAAUGGAAAUGGUUUUUGUCCAACUAAAACAAAAAUAUUCAAAUUAAAAUUAUAUAAAGAACAAAGAAAAGCAGCAAAAUCAGCUGUUCUUAUUUGAUAAAUUACCGUAACAGUUUACAGAUUGCUCCUUACGUGUUUUUUCAUUUGUUUUAUAUUUCGUUUUGUCAUCUUGUGUGUUUUUGGCUAAUAUCUUCCCUAAAGUUGCGUGACACGCUGAGAAAUCCCUCCAGGGAAAUCCAGAAACGUCAAAUCCACACCAGGAUUAUGGGUGCUUUCACUUCAGAGGUCAGCAUGAGGAUUUAAAGAGAUGCCACACAGUUUUAUAAGGCUCCAGCUACAUUGAAUUGGUCCGUUGCUGCAGCUCACGAUUAUUUAUAUUGCUGAUUAAAUUUGUUAGAUAUCAGAGUUUUCGAUCAUAAGACAAAGAAAACAAGACAAUCCUCUUGUUUUUGCGUUGAAGAGACCUAUUUGGUGAACUGAUUAUCGAAGCAUUUCAGCUUUAAGUUGACCGGUUUAUGUUACUUUGCGGUCAGAUCAGGCUACAUUUCACACAUUCACUCAGCUCAGUUAAAACCACGUGAGACUAAGCUUUCUGAUGUGUUUACCCUCAAACAACUCAGACAUUUACUUCUGUAGCAGUGAGAGCUGGAAAUGAUACAAAAGGAUCUAAAGCACAACAUCAUCCUCAGUGCCCUCUGACUGUUACAACAGUAUUCUUGUUACAUAAUUUUAUUAUAUUGGUUUGGUUCAUUUUUAUUGACAAAUUAUCUGUAUUUUAAUGUUGUAACUGUCUCACAUGGAUCUAGUUUAAACUUCUUUAGGCCUUUAUAUGUUUGCAUGUGUCAUCGUUGUAAGAAAUUAUCAUUAAUUAGGGUUGAAACAAUUCUAACAUUUUUUGUAAUUGGUGAAUAGUUUAAGCAAAAAAUCAAAAAUAUUUUCUGGUUCCAUCUUUUAAAAUGAAGAAUCGCUACUUUCCGUAAAUAUCUUCAGGUUUUGGAUUAAAAAUAUUAAAAUCUCCAGACAUUUCCUGAUGUGGAUUUGUCGCCUUUCUUCAUCAUAUAUGACACUAAAUUGAAUAUCUGUUUAAAAAAAAACUGUUCAAGAUUUGAACUUGUAUUUGGAUAAAGCAAGUAUUGAUUAUUA